AAAAUUAAAAGGAGAGAAAUAACGUUCGGGACUUCAAUGCCUCCACACGAACGACGAACCACCUCGACAAACGACACCCGAACAUUCUAGGUAGCCACGAACGACGGACGACAGUCCACAACGACGCUUGAGAAGUCAGAACGAGGCCACAAACCUCGCCGGCCUCCACAAAAAAAAACUUCCACAGUCCACACCUGGCUUCUCAGUUCCGUGUGGAAGUAGGGAUUUUGCAAGGCGUUUCAAUUAUGUUUUUUCCCAAACUGUCAAGAGUUGGAAUUCGAAUGGUGAAAGAACUCACCAGAGGAAAAACUGUCAGCUUAAUUAGAGCUGGUUAUAUACACAGGCCUUACAGGGAAUACUUGCCUAAGUUGUUUGAAAAGCAGUCAGAAACUUUGGUUUCUUCUGGAGCCAUCUUUCAGAAGUAUCAUCAUUUUUCUACAACUGUGGAAGGUUCUUCAGAGGAAGGGAGCAAACAGGAAAAGAAGAUAUCUGUUACGUUUGUUGAUAAGGAUGGAGAGGAGCAUCACAUUAAGGUUCCAGUUGGAAUGUCUAUGUUAGAAGCUGCUCAUGAAAAUGAUAUAGAACUUGAAGGAGCAUGCGAAGGCUCGCUUGCCUGCUCAACAUGUCAUGUGAUCGUGAUGGACAUGGAGCAUUAUAAUAUGCUAGAAGAACCAACUGAUGAGGAGAAUGAUAUGUUGGAUCUCGCUUUUGGGCUGACGGAGACAUCUCGUCUGGGCUGUCAGGUGAUUGCGAAGCCGGAACUAGAUGGAAUUCGUUUAGCUAUUCCUGCUGCUACUAGAAACUUUGCUGUUGAUGGGUAUGUUCCAAAACCUCACUAGAGAUGACACACCAAAACUGGAAAAAGAGUUGGUUACAGUUUGGCGGAUUUUACUUUUGUAGCCUUAUGUGUUGUAUUAGAUCAAUGUUACAUCCAUUGAUCCCGUAUUUUUUGUCAAAAAAAUUUUGGUUUUUAGAAUUGAUCACUGCUUCGAAGUAUGUAGCUGAGCUGCUGUAUAACAUUAGCUUAAUAGUUACACUUGAUUAAGGAAAUAAUUGAUUUUUAUUUA